CCGCUACAUUGUAUGGGCACGGAGUCCUAUUUCACCCGCAAUUUUGUUUGAUAUUAUUGACACUCGCUUAACACAUCCAGCAAAAACAACUUCUUGGGUUGCAGGAAAUCUUCAAAAAAUGGAAAGCGACGGUUGAAGUUUAUUGUUGAAAUGUAUAAUCAUGGUGUUAAGUUGUUUGCGAAUGACAAGCAAGAAGGGGGAGUUUAAUUGAUGACUUCUUGGAGGAAAAUGGGUGCGUGCGGGUAGCAUAAAAAAAAAAAACAACAAACAAAUAAUUUCCUGAAGCAAGUGAAGGGAAUGGAUGUAAAGUUGGGUAGUUAACGCACAAAAGAAAGGAAGAGAGAGGGGAGUCUCCGCUUGGAGCGAGGAGGAGGACAGGAGAAGGAAGAUGAGGGGAGCAUGACGGCUCGGUCCUCAUGGCUGUUAUCUGACUUUCUGAGGCCACUGCUCUACUUUGCUGCUGUAAGGUAGAGCAGCCCAACUCUGCCUGGGAAGCAGCUUCAGACCAGCACACAGACCACCCUGUGAAGAGUUCUCCUUUUAAUGGAUGCCCGGGUGGCUCUGCCGAUUGUGUGGACAAGUCUUGUCCUUCUGACAGCCGAGUUGAAGUGGAUUGAUGCUGCCGAGAUUUUCACCAACACAUGGGCUGUCCAGAUCAAUGGAGGUCCUAGGGAGGCUGACCGCAUCGCCAGAGAGCAUGGUUUCAUCAACCAAGGCAAUGUUUUUGGAGAUUAUUAUCACUUCAGGCACCAUGCCGUGGAGAAGAGGGCACUGUCAGGCCACACGGGAAUGCACAUCAGACUGCAAAAAGAACCACAGGUCCUGUGGGCGGAACAGCAAGUGAUGAAAAGAAGAAAGAAGAGAGAUAUCUUUGAAGACCCCACCGACCCAGAUUUUUCCAAGCAGUGGUACCUGUCCAAUCCAACACAUCAAGACUUGAAUACGAAAGCAGCCUGGGCUCAAGGCUACACUGGGAGAGGUGUAGUGGUGACCAUUUUGGAUGAUGGGAUUGAAAAGGACCAUCCUGACCUCCACAGCAAUUAUGACCCUGAGGCAAGCUACGAUGUUAAUGAUGGAGAUGCUGACCCCCAGCCGAGAUACACACAACGAAAUGAGAACAGACAUGGAACUCGUUGUGCAGGCGAAGUCGCAGCUAUAGCCAACAACGGAAUAUGUGGCACAGGUGUGGCCUUUAACGCAAAAAUUGGAGGAGUUCGUAUGUUGGAUGGGGAAGUGACAGAUGUGGUGGAGGCUCAUUCCCUAAGCCUUAACCCUCAGCAUAUCCACAUCUACAGUGCCAGCUGGGGCCCGGAGGAUGAUGGCAAGUCAUUGGAUGGCCCUGCCAAACUGGCAAUGGAGGCUUUCCUUCAAGGCAUAACCAAGGGACGCAGUGGACUGGGCUCCAUCUUCGUCUGGGCUUCAGGCAACGGUGGCCGCGAACAGGACAGCUGCAACUGUGACGGCUACACCAACAGCAUUUACACGCUGUCCAUCAGCAGCACCACAGAGUCGGGCAAUGUGCCGUGGUACAGUGAACCCUGCUCCUCCACCCUGGCUACAACCUUUAGCUCUGGGAAUCCAGGAGAGAAACAGAUAGUGACCACAGACCUGAGGCAGAAAUGCACUGACUCUCACACGGGGACGUCUGCCUCGGCUCCACUAGCUGCUGGGAUCAUCGCUCUGGCUCUGGAGGCAAACAUGAACCUGACCUGGAGGGACAUGCAGCACCUGGUGGUGAGGACGUCAUUACCUGGGCACCUUAUCGCCGGAGACUGGAAGACCAAUGGAGUGGGACGCAUCGUGAGUCAUUCGUAUGGCUAUGGCUUACUAGAUGCAGGCGCUAUGGUGAGUUUGGCACAGAACUGGACGACAGUGGGACCACAGCACCAAUGCGUUCUGACAAUGCUUACAGAACCAAGAGACAUCGGGAACAAGCUGGUGUUCAGCAAGAGCGUUGAUGCCUGCUGGGGGCGACCGGAGUAUGUCCGAUCUCUGGAGCACGCUCAGGCUCGCCUCACUCUUUCCCACAACCAGCGAGGAAAAUUGGCCAUUCAUCUAAUCAGCCCACUGGGAACACGUUCCACCCUGCUGUUCCCAAGGCCCAAUGACUAUUCUUCGGAGGGGUUCAACGACUGGGCCUUUAUGACCACCCACUCGUGGGACGAGGACCCGCAGGGAGAGUGGACCCUAGAGAUAGAAAACGUUGCAUCUAAUGGACGUGACUAUGGUGUACUGAGUCAGUUCACUCUCACCCUGUGGGGCACCGGACCCAGCGUUGUUAACCCCUCGUCACCCUACUUCCCUCGACCUUCCAACAACAGCUGCAAGACCUUCGAUGCCCAGCAGAUCUGUAUUGAGUGCAGCCCAGGCUUCUCCCUCUUCCUCCAGGGCUGUGUGAAGUUUUGCCCCCCAGGCUUCACGUCAGGCCCACAACUGCUCAACCUCUCUCUGGAGAACUGGGUGGACUUGUCCUCUGUUCAGGCCUGCCUGUCUUGCCACCCAUCCUGCCUCACCUGCUCAGGCACUGGACCUACAGACUGCCUUUCCUGUCCAACUCACAGCCACCUAGUUUUCACCUCCUGCCUGCACCAGAAUCAGGUCCAGAGGAAAUCCCCCCUAACCGGAGGAGGGUUAGGUGAAGAAGAUGAGCUGGAGGUGAAGACACCAGCAGCAGCGGUGGCGGCAGCAGGAGCAGACAUGAACGGUGGACCGGCUGAAGAACUGCCAGGAAUCGGUGCUGCUCCGCCCUCUCAGCUUCCUGUCGUCGUGGCGGUUCUCAGCUGUGCCUUGAUCCUGGCUGCCUUCGUCGGGGUCUUCUUCUUGCUUCAGGUGCGCUCAGGAGACACCGCUUUGACCUGGAGGACUAAACUGCCCUCUGUGUUUUCAGACACCAGGAGGACACGGCUGGGCCUUGGCUUGGGCUUCCAGCGGGGGCGGGAGAGGAAGGCUCGGAUAUGCUACAAGGGGAUCCCCACUGUGUGGGCGGACGAGGACACCGUCGCCUGUGAGUCUGAAUCAGACAGCGAGGAAGUGGACGGUCAGAGCGAGAGGACAGCUUUCAUCAAGACUCAGAGCUUGAUGUAGCUGGAUCAGCUUCAGUCGCCGCGGGUUCUCACACCAUGGCGUGGAGGGUGUGAGAUCUGACUGUGAGGAGGUGAUAGAAACACAGGCCUUACUGUCCCAUCAGCACUACAUCCUAAUGCAUUACCUAUUUAUUUACCUUUCAGUAAUUUAACUGAUUUCAUUGAUCACUUAUGUAAUCUGUUAUAUCCAUUAUGUCCUUAAUUCUGUCACCAAUACAGUGUGUUACAAAAGUUUUUAAAAAGUCCAUGAAGUUGGUGUCUGGUAAAAGCACCGACUUCAGUGUAUUUCACUGGGAUGUUUACAUGAUAGACCACAAGGUGGCAUAUAUGUGUGACAUGAAGAGUGUAUAUAUUUAUAUUUUACAAAUAAAAUACCUGAAAGGUCUGAAGUACACCUAUAGCUCCCAGACUACUUGGUGAAACCAAAGUCAGCUGGAAUUACAGCCCAGUUUUAUGGGGUGCGUCAUAAAGAUCAAUCUUUAUUUGGCUCCAUUUUGUCUUCACAUCAACACUGAUCAGCUUUCCUGUCCUUUUAUGAUGUAAAAGAUCUGAUCAGCAUGAUAACACCACCGCAAUGCUGUCACAGAAGGUCAGAGUUUUUUUGCUUUUUUUUUAAUCACAUCACACGUAGUAUUUUUCUUGUAGGCCAGAAACUUACAUUGUUGCUUCAUCUGACCUUUGUGUUUUCACAAAGUAGUUUAGGAGUACAUGUUUAGGAGUACAUGUUUUUUGUCUUCCCUCUACACACCGUUUUGCAACCUUGAUAUUGGGCUUUUAAUGGCUUUCCCUCUAGAACAUUUUUCUCAUCAGAUUUCCUCUGUUAGGAAAAUCUCACCGGAUUUUCCUAACAGAUGAAUGCCCUUAGAUUUUUUUAAGGGCAUAAUUAGUAAUUGCCCUGUCAACAGAUUUACUAAUAAUGUAACUUUUAAAGCACAUGAUUUGCACUAUAAAAGGUGGCUGACAUACUAAUGGGCACCACACUGCAUGCUUAAAAUUUUAUUUGUGAGAAAAAAACUUAAAAACAUCUAUGAUUUCUCCCCUAUUUCAUAGUUGUCCAUAGUUCUCAGUUGGUCUAUCAUUUAAAAUCCCAUUAAAAAUAUAUCAAAGUGUGAGACAAAAGAGGGGAAAGUUUAAGGGGUAUGAAUACUUUUGCAAUGCAUUGUAUGAGGUGUUAUGCAAAUGUUGUAAUCAU